AUGUCGGGGCACCAGGCCAUUCUUGGAGGCGACUGGAACAUGUCUCCUGAAGCCCUUCUUGAGUCGGGUUUCCCUGAGAAGUUGGAGGGGUCUCUGAUCAAACCUGCUGGCUCUGGGACCUGCAGAUCGUUGGGAGGUCUGAACUUCCUGGAUUAUUUUGUGUGCACUGGGGGCAUUGCGAAGGGCAUUCAGUCGACGAGCAUAGUGCAGGUGGCGCAGCUGACACCGCACAAGCCCGUCCAUCUGCAACUUUUUCCUCGGCUUGCUCAGCUGUGCGCGCUCACGUUCCGUAAGCCACCGCCCAUUCCCAGAGAGAGGCCGAUUGGGGUCGGCCGCUCACCGCCAGACUGGGGCGAGGUGCAGGACGCUGCUGAGGGGUGUUUAGGUACGGCGCUCUCGGGCCAGAUCUCGGAGGCUCAGGAGAGGCUUGAUUGGGUCUAUGGGCGUUGGGCGGAUUUGGCCGAGAGGGAGCUUUGCGACUUGGCCCAGAUCACGCUGCCCUACUAUGGUGCCCGUAGUAAGUCACCGCAACUGCAUUGGGUUCCCAUCAUCAAGGACAAGGCCCCCCCGUUCAGGCACCCCAAGUUGUUCGCGGGAAAGUGGGUGUAUCACAGGUUCCAGGACCUGAUCAUCGAGUUUAGGGAAGGAGCUCUGGAGGCCUCGAAGACCAGGGAGUCCCUGUUGAAGCCCCCGUCCUUCGUGCUUAUCGUCGGCUGCGUUGAGUGGGACCAGUAUCUCAGCACGAUUCAGUCCUUAGCUCGAGCCGUCCCCGUCGGCAAGAUCACCAGCGGGGAGCGCCAGCAGUUGGGCAAGUCCGAGUGGCUGGAGGCUGCUCAAGAUGCUUUGGUUUUAGUGCAGCAGUAUGUGACCAAGCUUCAAGGAGAAGCUCGUCUUGACGGCGAGAUGGGGUGGAAAAACUGGCUGCUCACAAAAAUCAAAGAGGGGGGAAAGAAUGCCCACCUGGCCUCCAAGGAGGCCCAUGGUUGGAAAGCUACCACGACCUUAUCGGCCGGGGGUUUGGUGCUUUCGGACCCUUUAAGUUUGCUCAAGAGCGAGGCCUCUGGCUGGGCCGAGCUGUGGCACGCGGGCUCUGAGGCGCCCGACUGUCUGUUUGAAGGGGUAUGUCAGCCCCUCCCCAUGGUUUCGAUCGACCAGAUUAGGUCGACAUCUGCCGCUUUCAAGGCCACCACGGCACAGGCGGUGGAUGGGUUUCACAUGAGGCACUACUCGUGGCUGUCGGACUCGGCGCAAGCGGUGGUGAGCCUCCUGUUUGCGAUCUUCGAAUCGCUCUCCAGCCUGCCGCGCCAGCUCCAGAUUAUUCAG